AUGCCGCCCACAAGGAUCCCGCAACAAGAGGACUUCUCCUCCCUUCCCCCCUCCCUCCAAAUCUCCCUCCACCACCCCUCCCCGCCCGAAUCCACAACUGCCAUCCUCCUCCUCUUCCACGGCCUAGGCGACACCAACACGCCCUUCCUCUCCUUCGCCUCGCAACUCGCCCUCCCGGGCGUCUUGGCUAUUUCCAUCCGCGGCAUCUCCCCCCUCCCGCCCUCUCUGCUGGGUCUACCUUCGGAUUUCGACGGCGAGCUAAACAAUUUCCACUGGGGCGACGACCUAACGAUUGAUGGACGGACGGGAGAGUUAGAUAUGGAUCCGGGUUACGAAAAAGUCACGGGGUUGGUGAUGGAUAAGCUUGUUGGGGAGGUUUUGAUUGGGAGGUGUGGGUGGGAGACGAGUGAUGUUUUGUUGUUUGGGUUUGGACAGGGGGGCGGGGUGGCGUUGGGGCUGGGGAGUUUGUUGAGGACUUGGAACUCCGAGAAGGAGGAUGCGAAGGUGAGGGAGGUGAAAGAGGGUGAGGAGGUUAAGGAAGGCGUGAUUGAGACGAAGAAAGAGAAGGGGAACAAAGCGUUCAAGGGAAUCGUGUCAAUUGGAGGGGCGUUGCCGCCUUCGAUGAUUCCUAGUAUUAGUGCGAGGGAGAAGGCGAAGACGCCCGUGUUGGUUUUGCAUGGAAGCAAGAGCGAGUAUGUGGGUGAGGACGAGGUGGAUUUGAUUGAGAGGGAGUUUGAGAACGUGAAGGUGGUGGAGUGGAAGAGGCCGGAUGAUGGGAUGCCGAGGAGUAGGGAGGAGGUGUUGCCUAUGAUGGAGUUCUUUGCUGAGAGGUUGAAGAGUGGGUUCCCAUGA